AUGCCAAUACUGUUAGAAGAACUAUAUAAAACAUUAGAGAAGAAAGAUAACGAAAUAGCAAUGUUGAAGCAAGAAAUAACCAAUCUAAAAACAACAAACAACAAUCAACAACAAACACUCAGUGAUCUCAGUCUGAAACAACUAGAAAUAGAAGAAAGCAUCAAACAUUUACAAAGCGAACACAAAAAUGAAAGAGAGAAAAGCAAAAAACUCGCAGUAAAGGAAAUAGCAGCAGCUAAAAGUACCUCACCGGACAAGGAAACCCAACCACCACCUACCCACACAAUCUUAAAUUGUACCAUCCCCACAGCAAACCGCUUUGAACCCUUAUCCGAAACAAACACCCCACCUACCUCAAAUACCCCCACAAAAGAAAACACUUCCCCCAACACACCACCAACAGAAAACCCCAUCAACACCCCAUCACCAACAGAAGAGCCCACUAACACACAACCUACCAACAAGAAAUUGGUCAAUGCUGAAACUAUAAUUCUGUGUGACAGCAAUGGCAGAGAUCUAAAGCCAUCCGUCCUAUGCCCGGAUACACCAACAUAUUACAUACGAUGCCCCACUCUCACAAAUGGCAUCAACAUUAUAAACGAAAUACAAUUUCCAAAAGCCAAGACCUUCAUCAUCCACUGCGGCACAAAUGACCUUGAACAGAUAGAUGCCAGUCAAAUCCUAGUAAAGCUCAAGACCUUGGAAAACCAACUCCACAAGAAAUACCCUCAAUCCCGA